AUGGCGUUCACAGUGAGCAGGAUGCACGGAGCUGCUUCCAGGCCUGGCCCCGAACCCUCCCUCACAAGAUGCUCACUGUUGGUCCUUCUGCUGGUGGAUGCGGAUGCCCUGGGCGACCUUGGCGGCACACACCGAGUGUGGUGCCUGGCUGCCUGGAUGCCGUGGAGUACAGCUUCCUGUACCUCUUGUAUUAGUCUUGUUUCGGGUUCCUGUAAAGUUGAUGCUUUAACAGGUGUGAUACAGGCACAUUCUGGUGUGAACAUACUAAGGGAAACCUUUAAACCGCAGUUGGGAAGCCUAGAGGGGCGCUCUCUCGCCUCUCCCCUCCGUUGCAGCUUACUUUACAUUUCUGGGCAGGAAGACAGUUAUCUUACUAGGCAGCAGCGGAAGGAUGAUUUUCUCCUGGCCCAGCAACAGUCCAGCCUAUGA